AUGACUUUGGUAGUGAAAGACGAAAGGAGAGUUUCAUCCACAGGUACCGUCGACGAACCAUCAAUGGCGUACGGGAAAGCAAGCUAUGACGAUCAUGCUGCCAUCGAUUUGGGAACAAGGAACGAGGUCAACGAAACAGUUACAGAACGUCUCCAGCGCCUGACUCGGCCUAUGGCGUGCACGAGUGAUGAGCGGCACAUCAUGACUAAGGUCGACGACUGCGACGUUGCUGUGAUGUCAAUUCUGCGAUCCGUGGGUGCGCGGGAAAGUGCGUGGCGUCGAUUCUGUCAAGAAGAAUCACGAAUCGUGAAUCGUGAAUGA